CGUGUGGCCACGGCUAUAAAGAUAAAGGUGAAAAGAACAAAUUUCAGUCGUUUCUCAAAUCUCGCCAUCGUUCUUGUUGAAAAAUUGCCCUCCCUGCUGUACAAUCAGUGCAACGCGUUAAUAGCGAUAAAAACACGAGGCUAAACCACGGAAAUUCUAAUCAUUUGCAACGCUGCUGGAGAGCACAGAAAUCACCGGGCGCAACACGGGUGCAACCAUCGGAAACCGAUGCUCCAUCAUCGCGGCAAGAACCUGUAAUUACGGAUAGCCGAUACCAAAUGGAAUAAACAGAUUGCACAUAAUCGGUCAAAUAUCGGCACAUCCGGAACAUCCGUGUCUGUGCAUAAAAAUUAUAGACGAACAUAGAAAUUCCAAAAGUGAAUCACGGAAAAUCGGGACAUGCGGCCUUAGUCGGUCCCUAACAUAGCAGAGGGAAUAUCCGCAGAAUAGCUUGCAACGGCGCAGGAAUCUAUAUUCCAUAGCCGUAUUGGAGUAGUAGGUGAAAUAGUGGAAGAGUUUGAGCUAGCGGUGCAAACUUGGCUCGUGGAUGGCAUAAAGAAUGUCUCGGGUGACCAAAAUUAAACACGUAUUGAAAGAACAGGCAACUAAUGAUUUCGAUUUACCUAAGGCAAAUCAACAGAUCGUAAGAAUCGUAGCAAGUCGUGGCAACAAUUUGCACGAAGUAAUAUCGGGCAUAGAAAGCAACGGAAAGUAUCUAGUUUCGAUGCCGAUGAAGUUCCGGAAGAAUGUAUGGAUCAAGCGUGGCGAUUUCGUUCUGAUUGAAUCAAUCGAAGAAGGUAAUAAAGUUAAAGGUGAAAUUUGCCGCAUACUGACACAGGAGCACAUAAAGGUGUUCGAAAAGGAAGGAGUCUGGCCGAAAAGGUUUUUGAGGCAUCGUCAGCAAGAGCACGAAGUGGAUGAGCAUGGACUGGUAAACAAUACAAAUCGCAAAUUCAUAGUCAAAGAUGAAUCUGACGACGACGAUGGCGAGUAGUAACAAAAUAUAAAACCAUCCUUCUAAUGAAGCAGUUUAUUAAAAUAUAUGAUUUUAUAAAGAAAAUUUAACGUACCAUUGCGAAGAAAAAUAAUAUCUG